CAACCCAGACGGCGUGAGGUCCGCGGCGCGCAGCGGGGGUUUCCAAGCUCAGAGGACGGAAUGGAGCGGAUCCUGGCCGCGCUCAUCGCCCUGCUCUCAUGGCAAAGCUGCCGAAGCCAGCAGAGAGGACUGUUCCCUGCUGUGCUGAAUCUGGCUACCAUGGCAGACAUAAAGGCGAAUGCCACCUGCGGUUCUAAUGGUCCCGAGAUGUUUUGUAAGCUUGUGGAGCACGUACCGGGUCAGCCUGUGAGAAACCCUCAAUGUAGAACCUGCAAUCAGAGCAGCACAAACCUGUAUGAACGGCAUCCAAUAGAAUACGCCAUCGAUGGAACGAACAAAUGGUGGCAGAGCCCGUCCAUAAUGAAUGGAAUGGAGAACCACUAUGUGACCAUCACACUGGACUUGAAACAGGUUUUUCAAGUCGCCUACAUGAUAAUCAAGGCAGCCAACUCCCCCCGUCCAGGUAAUUGGAUCUUGGAGCGGUCGAUAGAUGGCGUGACCUUUGAACCCUGGCAGUACUAUGCAAUCACGGACACCGAGUGCAUGACUAGAUUCAACAUAAUUCCUCGCAGAGGGAAUCCGUCCUACACCAGAGACGAUGAAGUCAUCUGCACGUCCUUUUACUCAAAGAUUCAUCCGCUGGAGGAUGGAGAGAUCCACACGUCCUUGAUCAAUGGUCGACCCAGCGCUGAAGACCCCUCCCCGACCCUGCUGAACUUCACGUCAGCCCGCUACAUCAGGCUGGUGUUCCAGCGAAUCAGGACGCUGAACGCCGACCUCAUGACGCUGACGCUCCGCGACCCCAGAGAAAUCGACCCCAUUGUGACAAGACGGUAUUAUUAUUCCAUUAAAGACAUUUCAGUUGGAGGGAUGUGUAUCUGUUACGGUCACGCCAAAUCCUGUCCACUGAACGCGGCUACUAAGAAGUUUAGCUGUGAAUGUGAACACAACACAUGCGGGGAGAGCUGCGAUCGCUGUUGCCCGGGUUACCACCAGCAGCCCUGGAUGGCGGGGACUCUCUUCACUCGGCACGUCUGCGAGAAGUGUAACUGCCACGGCAAGGCAGAUGAAUGCUACUUUAACCAGACGGUGGCCAAUCUGUCGCUCAGCCUGGACGUCCAGGGCCAGUACAGAGGAGGCGGAGUUUGCGUCGGCUGUCGCAGCAACACAGCCGGGAUCAACUGUCAGAGUUGUGUACCUGGAUACUACAGACCUGCAGAGAUAAGUGCCGAUGAGGAGAACCCGUGUGAGCUCUGCUCCUGUGACCCACACGGUUCUCUCAGCCAAAGCUGUGUUGCCGAUUCCAGCCAAGCAACGCCCAGUCAGCCGGCAGGGUCGUGCUGGUGCAAGGAGGGUUACGGGGGCCCGCGAUGUGACAGGUGUGCCGUCGGUUACAAGGGCUACCCGUCCUGUGAGCGCUGCAACUGCAGCAUGGAGGGAAGCAUCAACACUGACCCGUGCAUAACACCGUGCGUGUGCAAGGAAAAUGUUGAGGGCGGGAACUGCGAUCGUUGUAAACUGGGAUUCUACAAUCUGCAACGUGACAACCGGCGGGGAUGUGAGAAGUGUUUCUGCAUGGGCGUUUCCAGUCAGUGCUCUGCCUCCACAUGGACCUACCAGAAUGAGAGCAGUUUGUUGGGUUGGCACCUGGUCGGAGAGUCGGGAGGACGGAUCUGGUCUGUUCACAGACAAACGCCUCCAUAUCUGAGUGUGAGACAUUCGGAUGUGGUGAAUGAGCUUGGCUCCGCCUACUACUGGAACGCACCUGGACUACACCUGGGAAACAAGUUGACAGCAUAUGGAGGGAUCGUGACUUUCACCAUCUCGUAUACUACAGACCAACAAGUGCAAUCAGCCAUCAGAGUCACCUCAGAACCGGACCUCAUCAUACAGGGAGGUGGGAUGAAGAUCAUCGAUAAGCGCUUCGGUCAGCCUGUGUACCCCUCCUCGUCCAGCACCAGUCGCAUCCUCCUCCUCCCUGAGAACUUCCUGGUUUCUGAGACAGGACGGCCCAUCAACCGGAGGGAUUUCUUGUUGGUGCUGGCCAAUGUGACCAGCGUGAUGGUGCGGGCUUCCUACAGCACAGAAACCAGUGCCGUCUACAGACUCCACUCAUUCUCAAUGCAAGUAGCAAGUCCUUCUGGCGGAAGUGAGAGGACAGCGUCAGCUGUGGAAAUGUGUUCUUGUCCUCCUGGGUAUGCUGGGACAUCCUGUGAGAUGUGCGUUCCUGGUUUUCGGAGAGUUAACGGUAACCUCUACCAUGGUGUGUGUGAACCUUGCCGCUGCCAUGGACAUGCGAUUCAAUGUCACGAGGUCACAGGACACUGUCUGGACUGCUCCCACAACACUGCCGGCCAGUACUGUGACACUUGUCUACCUGGUUACUACGGCAACGCCACCCGUGGGUCACCGGCAGACUGUCAGCCCUGCGCCUGUCCGCUUCUUCUUCCCAGCAACAACUUCAGCCCCACCUGCCACCUGGAUGAAGACGGGGAACUGGUGUGCAACAGGUGUCAGAUGGGCUACACGGGACCCCGAUGUGAAAGAUGUUCGAAUGGAUUUUACGGACAGCCCGACAUUCCUGGCGGAUCCUGCCGACCCUGCGAUUGCAACGACAACCUGGAUCUGUCCGUUCCUGGCAGCUGCGAUCACAUCACGGGCCAGUGUCUGAAGUGUCGCCAAGGUUAUGGCGGUGCGGCUUGUGAGAGCUGCGCUGAUGGUUACUAUGGAGAUGCUAUCCGGGAAAAGAACUGCCAACCUUGCCAAUGCCAUGUUAACGGCUCUCUGUCUGGAGUCUGUGACAAAUAUAGCGGUCAGUGCCAGUGCAAAGAGGACGUGUUGGGUCGACAGUGCGAUAAAUGCAGGCCCAGCUACUGGUGGGAUGCAGAGCAUCACGGGUGUACGCCCUGCCGCUGCAGCCCUCGCGGUUCAGUCGCCCAGAGGUGUGACCCCGAGGGCCGCUGCACCUGUCGCCCCGGCUUUGCGGGCUCACGCUGCGAUCAGCGUCGCCCGGGUUACGAGAGGCGGGAAACCCGGCGGCCUGUGGAGCGCGUUCCCAUAGAAGCUGUGCUCCAGAGACGGGGGGGCACUUCCCGCUCGGGGGGUUGUCCCAGGGGAGCGUACAAGCCUCAGGCGGGGCCUGAGACUCACGGCAUUACCACGGGCGGCGUGUGCGUCCCCUGCCACUGCAACUCCUUCGGUUCCAAGUCGUUUGACUGUGAUGACUCGGGUCAGUGUCGCUGUCAGCCAGGUGUCAGUGGACCCAAGUGUGACAGGUGCUCACGAGGGUUCUUUAACUUCCAGGAGGGCGGCUGCACAGCCUGCCAGUGCAGUCAUGUGGGAAACAACUGCGAUGCAAAUACCGGACAGUGCAUUUGUCCUCCUAACACAAUCGGCGAAAGGUGCGACCGCUGUGCUCCAAACCACUGGGGACACGACAUUACAACUGGUUGUAAGGAGUGUGGCUGCAACGUGGUUGGCUCCCUGAGCCAGCAGUGCAACAUGAACACCGGCUGCUGCUCGUGCCGCGACUCCUUCAGAGGAGAGAAAUGUGAUGAAUGCCAAAUUGGAUACCGAGACUUUCCUCAGUGCAUACAGUGCCAGUGCAGCUUUGCAGGAUCGGACAGCCAGACCUGCGACCUGGAGAGGCGAGUGUGUGCCUGUGCAGAUCAAACUGGAAAAUGCAGCUGCAAGGUGAACGUGGAGGGCAGCGACUGCGAUCGCUGUAAACCCGACAUGUUUGGGCUGUCGGCGAGGAACCCACUCGGGUGCAGCAAAUGUUACUGUUACGGACUGACGCAUUCCUGCACCGAGGCGCAGGGUCUUAUCCGGAUGUGGCUAACACUGAAACCAGAGCAGACAGAGCUCCCCCUGGUGGACAAAUUCAACGCGGUAAAGACGAGAAGCGGCGUCAGCUUCCAGCAUCCGGAAAUCAUCGCUCGAGCAGAACAAGUCCAGGCGACUCUCUCCGAGCCGUUCUAUUGGCUACUGCCGGAGCAGUUCACCGGCUCCAUGAUCACGGCGUACGGCGGGCAGUUGAAAUACGCGGUGUACUACGAAGCCAGAGAUGAAACCGGGCCGUCUUCCUACGAGCCCCAGGUCAUCGUCAAAGGCGGUCCGAACCACAACAUGUUGAUGUUUCGACACAUCGCGGGAAUUCAGAUCGGACAGCUCACUCGGCAUGAGAUCGACAUGACAGAGCACGAGUGGGCGUUUGCAGAUGGACGUCCAAUGACUCGAGAGGACUUCAUGGACAUUUUGUUCCAUGUUGACUACAUCCUGAUUAAAGCAUCUCAUGGCAACUUGAUGAGACACAGCCGAGUUUCAGAGAUCAGUCUGACGGUAGCAGAGGAGGGAACGCCGUCUGAGGAAAGCGAGAAGGCCCAUCAGAUCGAGAAGUGCGAGUGUCCAGCAGGAUACUCUGGACUUUCCUGUGAGGAAUGCGCCGCAGGCUUCUACCGUCUCCGCACCGCUGGGCCGGCCGGGGCUUUUCCAGCGGUCCGAGCGCCCACCGCUGCUGGCAUGGGCAGCUGUGUUCAGUGCCAGUGCAGUGGGCACUCCUCCACGUGUGAUCCCGAGACAUCCAUAUGCCAGAACUGCCAAGACAACACAGAAGGUGAUCGCUGUGAACGCUGCAUGCCAGGAUUCUACGGCGUGGUCCGAGGUUCCCCGGACGACUGCAAACCCUGCGCCUGUCCCCUUCCCAACCCAGAGAAUAAUUUUAGCCCAACGUGUAUUGCUGAAGGAGUGGAUGACUACCGCUGCACCGCUUGUCCAGAGGGAUAUGAGGGAAAAUACUGUGAGAGAUGUGCCACCGGUUACCAUGGUAACCCGAGGAUGGCAGGUGGUCGUUGUGAAGAGUGUAAGUGUUCCUCAUGGGGAGCGUUUGCCGGACCAUGUGACUCUGUAACCGGCCAAUGCCAGUGCAGGGUCGGGGCGUCGGGAACGUCGUGUGACCAGUGCAUGGAUAGGCAUGUGUGUGGAGCCGCUGGGAUCAUCUCCUGUGAUGAUGAGUGCUCUGGUUUGCUGAUAAGUGAUAUGGAUCGCUUGUAUCGCAUCAUCACUGAGGUCACUCUGACCACACCCCUCCCACCACCUUAUAAGGUGUUGUACCGAUUUGAGAACAUGACGGACGAGCUCAAGCACAUGUUGUCACCUCAGAAAGCUCCAGAAAGAUUACUGCAGCUCGCCGACUCCAACUUGGGAUCCCUGGUUGUUGAGAUGGACCAGCUGCACAGCAGGGCCACUAAGGUGUCGGCUGAUGGAGAGCAGGUAGUGGAUGAUUCUGACAGGAUUCACAGACGAGCUGAGGAUUUGGAAAAGUUCAUCAAGGACACGCUGCUCGGAGCCAGAGACCUUCAGUUCAAGGCCGCCGAACUCAACAAAACCCUCUCGAGGAAAGAUGGAACUCCAGACAAGAGCCUGAGUGAGAUGAAGGAGGACAUCCAGGCCAUGCUGGAGGAGAUGAGAAAGCGACAGCUUGGACGAAUGAAAAUAACUGCAGAUGAAGAGAAGGAUCUUGCUGAAGAAUUGCUUCAAAAAGUCAAAAGGUUAUUUGGUGACCCCCAUCAAGCCACGGAGGACCUGAAAGCUGAGAUAACAAAGAAGCUGUCCGACCAUGACGAGAAGCUCCAGGAGGCCCAAGAUCUUCUAAACGAGGCUCAGUUGAAGACGAGACAGGCCGGCUCGUUGGCCAACCAAAACCUGGCCAACCUCACAUCUUUGGAGAGGAAGCGAGCUGCAGUGAGUGAGAUAAAGGAAGACGUACAGAAGGUCUUUGGAGAAAGUGAACAUCUACUCGAGGAUGCAAAUGAACUCUCUAAUAACAUCAAAGAAGAGUUACAGGAUUUGGAGGAGAUGGGGCGAGAACUCAGUCCUCUUCACGACCAACUGGAUGAUAAAGUCAAGUCCCUCACAGAUGGGUUGAGCGAUGGCAGCCUGGCUGACACCGUGGACGAGGCGGAGAAUCACGCCAAAGAGCUAAAUGAAUCUGCUGCCAUUCUAGACAGCAUUUUAGCAGAGGCUAAAAACCUCUCCUUCAACGCAACUGCCGCGUUCCACGCUUACACUAACAUUAAAGACAAAGUUGAUGCUGCAGAAAAAGAAGCCAAAGAGGCCAAACAGAGGGGAACCGAGGCGCUGGAGCUGGCUAUGGGUCCAGACGUCCCAGUAAAGGAGGCGGCUAAGAGUGCUCUGCAGAAGAGCCACGUUUUAUUGAACAAGGCAAAGCAACUGGAAAAUGAUGUCAGAGAAAAUGCCGACAGCGUGGCGGGCCUCAAGGGCCGAGUUAAAGCAGCAAAAGACAAGAGCAAAGAGCUUCUCAAAGCCAUCAAUGGAACUAAAGCGACGCUCGGCGCCAUUCCCAACGACACAUCAGCUAAGCUGGCAGCCACAAAAGCUGUAGCGGCUGACGCCAACGCCACCGCCAUCGAUGUCCUGGAGCGCCUGGGAGAACUCAACCUGCGCCUCGGCGGUCUGCAGCUCAACUACAGCGAGCUGGAGGAUACAGUCAGCGCAGCCAAUCAGAUGAUCCAGGACCCGGAGAAAAACAUCCACGCUGCCGGAGCUAAAGUGAAGGAAUUGGAGGACGAGGCUGACAGACUGUUGGAGAAGCUGCAGCCAAUCAAAAUGAUGCAGGACAAUUUAAGACGCAACAUCUCCCAAAUCAAGGAGCUGAUCAGCCAGGCCAGAAAACAAGCCAAUUCAAUUAAAGUCUCGGUUUCAUCGGGCGGCGACUGUCUUCGUAGUUACCGUCCCGACAUCAGAAAAGGGAGGUACAACACCAUCAUCCUUCAUGUCAAAACCACCACACCUGAUAACCUGCUCUUCUAUCUGGGAUCCACUAAAUAUGUUGAUUUCCUGGCCUUGGAGAUGCGUAACGGGAAGGUGAAUUUCCUCUGGGAUGUGGGUUCAGGUGUUGGAAGGCUCGAAUAUCCCGUUCACACCAUCCACGAUGGGAACUGGCAUCGGAUAGAAGCUUCUCGCAACGGUCUGAAUGGAACCAUCUCAGUGUAUCCUCUGGAAGGUCCAAUGGCAGGUAUGAUGCCAACUCCAGCCAGCGCCAACUCACCUGCGGCUUUCACCAUCCUGGACGUCGACCAGAAUGCCUACCUGUUUGUAGGAGGGAUAUUCAACACUGCCAAGAAAGCAGAAGCUGUAAAGACCUCAACGUUCACCGGCUGUAUGGGAGAAACUUUCUUAGAUGGAAAACCAAUUGGACUUUGGAACUACAGAGAAAGACAGGGAGACUGUAAGGGUUGUGUUGUGAGCCCCCAGCGUACCGACAGUGAGGGGACGGUUCAGCUGGAUGGAGAAGGCUACGCUUCGGUGGGAAGACCCACCAGGUGGAACCCAAAUGUGUCCACCAUCACCUUCAAGUUCCGCACUUUCACGUCUGACGCUCUGCUGAUGUACAUGGCCACUGAGGACAUGAAGGACUUCAUGUCGCUGGAGCUCUCAGAAGGGAAAGUGAAGGUGAAUUUUGAUCUCGGGUCAGGAGUUGGAAAGGCGGUUUCAGCCAAACGGCAAAACGACGGACGCUGGAAAGCUCUCACUGUGUCGAGAAACAAGAAGCAAGCCGUCGUGACUAUCGUGGACAUUGACAGUGGCAUUGCUGAGGACAAAAUUGUGGCCACGUCUCAAGGUUCUGCUACAGGUCUGAACCUCAGAGAGAGCCAGAAAAUCUAUUUUGGGGGGCUUCCAACCAUAGGAAACUACAGGCCUGAGGUCAUUCUGAAGCGAUAUGCUGGUUGUCUCCGAGAUAUUGAAGUCUCCAGAACUCCAUAUAACCUUCUCAGCAGCUCAGACUAUACAGGCAUCACUAAAGGAUGUAAUGUGGAGAAUCUGCACACAGUGAGCUUCUCAAAGCCUGGAUUUAUGGAGCUGGGGGGCCUCUCCCUUGCAGUGGGCACAGAGAUCAGCCUGUCGUUCAGCACUUUACAGGACACUGGGACCAUUCUGCUGGCCGUCGGAGGAGCCUCAACAUCUAGACAGCAGGCGCGGAACUCCAAGAGGAGGCGGAGACAGUCGGGAGAGCCCUACCUCUCCGUCAUGCUUAACUCGGGUUCUCUAGAGGUCUUGGUGUUCACGCGCAGCCACAGUCCUCACCGCGUCACCAGGCGUCCCGACCAGGGCGUCCUGAACGACGGCAGAGAGCACUCGCUGCGCAUCGAGAGGCUACCUGGCAGAUCUUUUGCCGUCCAGGUGGAUGAAGAAGCUAAGCUAGAGGCGGCGCUUCCUAAUGAUCAGCCAAUCAGCUUGCAGCGUCUUUUCCUCGGGGGAAUUCCAGCAGAGGUGGAGCAAACAUCCAACAGGGCCAACGUCCCAUUCCAGGGAUGCAUUUGGAAUCUCAUGGUCAAUGCUGUGCUCUCAGAUUUCUCACAGCCGGUUUCCUUUGAAAACGCUGAAAUCGGCCGCUGCCCCAACCUCGUCCCCCCUCAGCCUCACCUCCCAGAAGAGAAGGUGGAACAGCCCCAACCAGUCAGUCCCGUUCUGACCCCCUCCCAGGAAACCAGGACUCCCAGCCCUCCUGCUGAGACCACGCCCCCUGCCCCGCCCACUGCUGCUGUAGCUCCACCCUCUAUUAACCUGGAUCCUGACACAGAUUUGGAUUCAUGUCCGUCUGCAGAGCCUCCCAAAGUCAUUGAGACGGCGUUCCAGUUUGGACUGACCAGGAACAGCCACAUGAGCUUCAGCUUCGACGACGCCAAAGUCAGAGAGAGGUUAGUACGCGGUGAAACCAGUUCAUCAUUCCGCCUGCCCUGCAGGACAACUAAUUUAUUGAGGACAAAGGAGCAGUCGGGUCUGGUUCUGUACAUGGCGAGAAUCAACCACGCCGACUUUGUUUCCAUUCAGAUCAAAGACGGGCAGGUUUGUCUGGGAUACGACCUCGGCCGUGGAAACAUCUCAGGCUGCGUUCCUUUCUCCAUCAAUGAUGGCAGCUGGCACAAGAUCCGUGUGAGUCGAAACAAGCAGAGAGGCGUUCUAACAGUAGAUGGGCUGUACAGCAAACAGAUGACCAGCCCAAAUAAGGCUGACCUGUUAGACGUUGUGGGAACCUUGUAUGUCGGUGGAUUACCACAAAGCUACACCACCAAGAGAAUAGGACCCAUUCUCUACAGUAUCAACGGUUGCAUUCGAAACUUGAAGAUGGUUGGAAGUCCUGUUGGCACCAAAUCUGCCCCUGCAGCAUCGGAGGACUUCAAGCUGAACAUGGCGGCGCCCGCUUCCAGUCACAUGGUCGGGAGGUGCUUCACGGAGACGGAAACAGGCUCUUAUUUUGACGGGACUGGCUAUCUGAAAGCAGUGGCCUCUUACAGGGUCGGUCUGGAUGUGUCCAUAGCUCUGGAGUUCAGAACCACCAGAACCAACGGAGUUCUUUUGGCCGUCAGUGACCAGGACAAAGAUGGACUGGGUCUGGAGAUUGUCCAGGGGAAGUUGCUCUUCCACGUCGACAACGGAGCCGGCAGGAUCACCGCGGAGCACGCUCCGGAGGGAGCGGACUUCUGCGACGGUCGGUGGCACGCCGUCACGGCCACCAAGCUCCGCCACAAGCUGGAGCUGGAGGUGGACGGGCGGAAGAGCCGAGCCGAGUCCCCGAACGCUCGCUCCAGCACCUGCGACACCAACAACCCCGUCUAUGUGGGGGGAUAUCCUGAUGGAGUCCACCAGGCGGCUCUGACCACGAAGAGGUCCUUCAGAGGCUGCAUGAGGAGCCUGAAGAUCACCAAGGCGUCUAAGACCAUGGAUGUGCAGUUCAACAAGGCCCCAGAGAUCAGAGGAGUCCAGCCUCUCUCCUGUCCUAAAGUGGCCUAACUCCUCCCUCUAAGCUGCAUGUUUUCAGAUCAUCACCUCCUUUCUGUUAGAAAUACAGCUGGUUUGAUGUGGCAGAAGCUUUUUUUCUUUUCGUUUUAGGCCAAUUUCUUCAAAAACCCUUGCUGUGGAUGUGAUUAUUUUAACUGAAUUUACCGCCUUCACCCACCGUGUGAGGCUCCGCUCAAUAAAGCUGCAAGAGCUGAAAUAUGA